CGAGCGACCCAGCGGCGGUUGGAUUUCGGCCGUUGAGAGCUCCGCCCCUUCCUCCUCCCCCCUCCUCCCCGUCCCGCGUCUUCGGGUUCCGCAGUGAACUUGGGUUCCCCCCUCCCCCCGCUUGUUUCGCAGCCGCGGCCCGUUUCGCGCGCGGGGCGGAAGAUGUUCGAGAGCCUGCGCGACCGGCUGCUGAGCGUCCAGCAGGACUUGACCUCGGGGUUGAAGACUUUGGGUGAGAAAUCAAGAGAAACCAAAAUAAGCAAGCGAAGGAGUGUUCAGUGUGUGCCAGAGUUCUCUGCUGGAUUAGAUCUGUUGAGCAGGUAUGAAGAUAUUUGGGCAGUCCUUCACAGAGGAACAAAAGAAUGUGCAAAAAUGGGAGAGUUGGUGGAUAGUGAAGUAGUGAUGCUUUCUGCACACUGGGAGAAGAAAAGAAGUAGUCUCCUAGACCUUCAGGAGCAGCUCCAGCAAAUUCCUGUUUUUUUAGCUGAUUUGGAAUCGACAACAGCUAGCCUGGUUCAGUUGGAAGCAAAUUUUAAGGAAAUGGAGGACCAUUUAUUAAAUCUCGAGGAUCUCUGUGGACAGUGUGAAUUGGAAAGAUACAAGCAUAUACAAGCACUUCAGCUGGAAAACUACAAGAAGACUAAGCGGAGAGAACUUGAGAUCUUCAAAGCUGAACUAGAUGCAGAGCAUGCGCAGAAGGUGCUGGACAUGGAGCACACCCAGCAGCUGAAGCUCAAGGAGCGGCAGAAGUUCUUUGAAGAAGCUUUCCAGCAGGACAUGGAACAGUACCUCUCCACUGGCUACCUGCAGAUAGCUGAAAGACGAGAGCCAAUAGGAAGCAUGUCUUCUAUGGAAGUGAAUGUGGACAUGUUGGAGCAAAUGGAUCUCGUGGAUAUGUCUGACCAAGAAGCCUUAGAUGUCUUUCUUAAUUCCGGAGGAGAGGACAGUACUAUCCCAUCCCCCAUGACAGGGCCAGACUCCACCACCGGUCAAAAGGAAAUCAGUCUUCAAGUCCCUACUCCGUCAGAACUGAGAGAGAAGUGGUCUUCAGCAGCAGGCUGCGCGGAUUCUCCUAGCCAGGAUGUUAGUGAAGGGGAAUCGCCUGUGAUCCAGUCAGAUGAGGAAGAUGUACACGUGGACAAUGCCCUUGUGGCCAACACUGCAGAAGCAAAGGGCCCUUCUGAUCUUAGCGAUGAGAGUGACUCACAGACGGGCUGAAUCUAACCACUGCGCCACAGGAAUUAUGACCAUGGAAUGAGCGAAGGGACAGGUGAACGCGCUUGCCUGUGUCACUAUGAUUCAUCAAGAUAAAAAUUAGCACGUACAAAAUGAAUUUCAGUCAUGCGAAAUAUUUUUAUAAAAUGUCUCCAAAGCACACCUUUUAGCAAUAAAGCCUUGCCUUUUUGAACACAGAACCUUUAUAUAGAGGGUUGUCCAAGGCAUAAAUUUUGAAAGGGUUUGUUGUAAAGUCCUCACUAGGAAUGUUAACAAUACCGAAGAUUUGUGUGUGUGUGUGUGGGGUUAUUGUUCUUAGUGUGCCUGUCUCAAUUGUUGUGGCUAAAAGCCAGUACUGCUUGUAAUCAAACAACUAACCUCAGAAUAACCACCUCUUAAUGUUCUGAUCGACAACCUGAAAAAGGAAACCAAGCCAAGGGGGCGGCUGCAUUGAACAUUCACAGGAAGUGGUGUUCAUUUUCUCCUAGCCAGGAUGCCAGUGAAGGAGAAUUGUAUUGAACUUGUAAAGGGCGAAGCGGGUGUCACACACACCAUUACUUGUGGAAGGAUCUAUGGUGGGUGAAUAAUUGUAAAGUGUAUAUAUCUUGAAUGCAAAGUAUUUUAACUAGUUCUAUAACAACAUUUUUGCUUUACCUUUUACUUGUUUGCUCAAGGCAAGCUGAAAUGAAAAGGGUAAAAGGACACACAGGGUAGUCUUGGUUUUCUCCUCCAGCCAUCCUUCACAUUCCUUGUCUGAAAAUCAAAGUGUCUUAUAAGUGCAAAAAGAGUUGAGGUAUGGUACUACGUUUGAGACUGUAUUUGGCCUUUGGUACAAUUCCUGAAAAGGGUUUCUUCAGUCUACAGCCACUGAAAUGAACGGGCUCAGACUGGAGUAACUCUCUUUUAGGAUUGCGCUGUUAAUUUCCUGUUAAUUUCCUACCCUCAGCAAAAUCAACCAUUAAACAACACUGAUCCAGCCGCUUACCACUAAGCAUGAUAUCACUCAAGUACCUGGAACAAAGGUAACUGGAAAAGGAGGAUAAUUACGACUGGCCCGCACCUGCAUUAACCUUUUUGUUCACCUGCUAUCAGUCUCUUUAGCCCAUCUCUUUAGUACUGAGUUUGUAUGAGGGUCUUUGCGAUAUAUACAAUAAAUUAUUUAGAUCCUUGAAGCUGUGCCUGGUUAAGAAUGUAAAAUUAUCCACUGGAGGGGGACAGAAUACUAAUAAUACUAAUAAGUGGUUUGAUAGAGAAUGUCUGAAUAUGAUACAAGGAUUUAUUUCUCAUUUGGUAGAAUAAUGUCAUUCAAUAAAAUAAAAACUAAACAUUAACUGCAA